CCCCCGGCGCUUCCCGCGCUGCGCGGCCCCUCAGCGCCGCCCGCCAUGUUCGCGGAGCUCAACGAGCUGCUCGGGGCCUCCCCGGAGCGGCCGGACGCGGGUAAAUUCACACUGCUGCGAGACACCCGGACAGAUGGCAGCUUCCUGGUGCACCACUUCCUCUCCUUCUACCUCAGAGCUGGCUGCAAGGUUUGCUUUGUGGCCCUGCUCCAGUCCUUCAGCCACUACAGCAUCGUGGCACAGAAGCUGGGGGUCAAUCUGGCAGCUGCCAAGGAGCAGGGACAGCUUGUCUUCCUGGAGGGCCUCAAGUCCUGCCUUGACCUCCUGUUUGGGGAGGAGCAGCCAGGACAGCCCAGUCCUCUGCAAUUCCUGAGCGGGAGCAGCCGUGAGCUGCGAGCCCUGUUUGACUUUGUGCAGGUGUCCCUGACUCCCUGUGCCCAGGCUUCCUGGAAAGGCCCCGUGCUGCUGGUGGAUGACCUCAGUGUGCUGCUGAGCCUGGGGGCUGCUCCAGUGGCCGUGCUGGACUUCAUCCACUACUGCCGUGUGUCCGUGUGCUGCCAGCUGCAGGGGAAUGUCGUGGUGCUGGUUCACAGCAGUGAGGAUUCAGAAGAUGAGGAGAAUGAGCUGCUUGUGAACUCCCUGUGCCAUCACAGUGACCUCAUCCUGUGGGCAGAGGGGCUGGCCACCGGCUUCUGCAAGGAUGUUCACGGGCAGAUUAAGAUAAUCAAGAGAUUGUCCUUGUGGCAGGCGGCGGAGCAGGAUCAGGUCCAGAUCUACCAGUACAAGAUCCAGGACAGGAACGUCACCUUUUUCGCACCGGGGCUGUCGGCUGCAGUCCUGUGACACUGUGACACUGCUGGGAAUGGCAGUCCUGUGACACUGUGACACUCCUGGGAAUGGCAGUCCCUGCCUCUGCAAAAGCAGCACCAGCACCUCUCGGGAGCAGCACAGCAGCCUGACCCAGGAGGGAAGCUCAGGCACUCCUGGAAGUGCUGCCAACGUGGGAUCAGCCUGCCUGGAGCCUGCUGCAUCCCUUUGUCCUCCCACCCCGUUCCCAACACGCUCAGGCCAAGAAGAGGAGCAAGAGCUUGCAAGAGUGGCCCUUAGAGCAUGUGGAUACAGGCAGGGGUGCCCCGCGGGCUGGGCGUGCCGUGCCUCACCUUUUCCGGAGCGCUGCGGGGAGCGCCCCCUCCCUGCGCUGGCACGGGAGCUGAUGACACACCGGGGUGGAGCAGGGAAGGUCUGGGAGCCUGGUGCAAUCCUUGCUCCUGGCUCUGGCUGCCAGAGAUGUGCCCAGCUCCGAGCUCCAGCUGCCUGCAGUUGGUAAAUCCACAGCUCUGUGUACAGCCCUCACGGCCUGGGUGCUGCCGUGCUUCCUCCCAGGCUCCUCCUGGGUUUGUGGCUGGAUAAACCCCUCUGUGAGCCUGUCCCAGCCCCUGCUUCCUCAUCCCAGUUCCAUGACCUGCCUGUGCUGAAGCAGUUUGUAAAAAUAAUAAUCUUAGUGAGAUAAGGGUACAGUGGUUAAGUAACCAUGGGUCUCUGGGUGGGAACUGCUCCCCACCUGCUCCUUGGCAGGGAGCAGGAAUCUCCCCAGCCUGGAUGAGGAGAGGCCCUUCCCCAUGGCCACAAGGGCAGUGCUGGGGGCAGAGCUCAGGCCUGCAGGUCUCCUGGAAGAUCCUCCUGCUGGCAUAUCCCAUUUAUCCUGGGAGAUAGGAACAUCCCACACACUUGUGAGAGUCCAGAGCAAUCUGCCAGGUCCUUGCAGCUCCAGAGCUGGGAUAGCAGCUCUGGCAGUGGGACACAUUCCUGAUUUUCCAGGUAGACUCAGUGACGCAUCCUGUGCUGGUUUGGGAAUGUUUUUCCUUAGUUUUGGGAGCCCUGGCAUGCUGACUGCUGAUCAGUGGCAGCCCAGGGAAGCAGGCAGGCUCCAGGGAUUGUGGCAAAGCCACGGGAAGGGAGGGGAGUCAGACUGUGUGUGUGCUAUGGGACUGCUAGUCCCUGAUGUCCCCUGGGUGUCUCUGUGCUCUGCUGUGGAGGUGGCACUGCCCAGUGCCCUGCUGCUGUCCCAGGGUGGUGCCAGUGCCCAGUGGCACUGCUGCUGUCCCAGGGUGGUGGCAGUGCCCAGUGGCCCUGCUGCUGUCCCAGGGUGGUGCCAGUGUCCAGUGCACUGCUGCUGUCCCAGGGUGGUGGCAGUGCCCAGUACCCUGCUGCUGUCCCAGGGUGGUGGCAGUGCCCAGGGGUCCAUGCACUGUCGCAGUCUGCCCAGGGAGGAUGAGAGGAGCAGCAGCUGCUGGCAGUGCAGCUGUGAUGGGCACAGAAUGGUGUAUAAUUGGAGUAAUAUCUGUAUGAUUAUCCUUGGAGAGAUCCCAAAGCCUGGCUCCCGGGCUCUGCCUCUCCCUUUUGAAACCAGCAGGGUCACUAUGUGACAUCAUCAUUAUGACAUCAUUACUGUGUGACAUCCCUGCUGGCUUUGUCUGGUUCUUUCUGCCCUUAGCCAGUGUCUGUAUCCAAGAAAAGGGCUGAGGAGCCUGGGCCUGCCCCCCGUGUCCCCAAGCAGGGAGUGUUCCUGGGAUCAGAGCCCCUCAGAACGAGCCCUGCCUGCUCUGUGCAGUGUGAGCUCGGACAGGGACAUGGAGCUGUGGGGGCUGCUGAGUGACAGGCAGGACCUGACCCAGCCCAGCCCGACGGCCAGCAGUGGCCUUGGCCAGCAGGGCACUCGGGGCGGCCGUGCCGAGCCAGGGCCGGCAGCACGGCCGUGCUGGGGCCAGGGCCGCGCUCCGGGGCUGGCGCUGCGGGAGGGCAGCGCAGACUGGGUGGCAGCAAUGGUGCCAUGGUGGCAGGACACGAUGGCCUUGCCCGGGUCAGCCGCCAGCUGCGUGCUCAGGGCCGCGGCCUCUGUUUGUGUGCCGAGCUGAGGAACAGGGUGGGGCUUGGCCUGAGGGCUCCGCUCUCCGUUCCCUCGUGUGCAGGGAGCUGCAGGCAGGGCUUGCACCCGGGCUGGGGCUGGCGGGACAGGGGUGCAGGGCCCUGGGAGAAGGAGCAACAGCAGCUGCAGGGACUGUAACCAUCAGUGUGACAGCUGCCAGGGCCCUGGAGGCUGUUGUGGGGUGCUCAGCCCCUGGGGAUGAAGAGCAGGGAACCGCCCCGUGCCACACCGUGCUGGCAGGAGAGCAGGGCCAUUGCUGGGGGAGAAGGAAAGGUCCUUGGCCUGUGGGCACCGCGUGUCCCUUCCCUGUGCCCAGUGCUCCCAGUGCCCACCUCUGUUCCCGGGAAUCAGAGUCACCUCUGUCCCCUGCCGAGCCGGGGCUCUCCCUCCCGGUGUGCUCUGCCCCGGGAUGCUCCAGGGCUGCUCCUGACCCUCCUGGGCACUCGGGACAUUCCUGCAUGGGCCAGCCCCGCUCUCCCCCCUGUAAUAAUUGAUAAAUGAUUCGUGUUCAUCAUAGAAGUUCUGGAGUUUGUAUAAACCGGAAUACUUAAAGUAAGAAAAGAACAUGGACCUAGAUAAAGGGAAAUAGAUGAUUAAAGUCACUAUUUAAAUCUCCCUGUUAUGAAUAUUGUGCAUACCAGUUUGUAAAAGAAAAAAAGGGUUUUCUAUAAACCCUUGAAAGGUUUUUUUGCAGAAUCAGAUUUCCUGCCUUUGUGUAAUCAAUCACAAAAUAUCUGCUAAAGAUCAGACUUCCACUUCUUCUGUUUUUUAUCUACCAAGACCAGAUGGUUACAUGACCAAUUGUCCCAAGAGCUGUCCCACAGAAGUUUGGAAGUUUCUUUGAGCAUCACUGCUUACCUUGCAGAAUUACUACAACAAAACAAUAACAAUUAUUGAUUACUACAAGGAAAACCAUCCUAUAAAAAGGGAGCUGCAAACCAUUGGGUGGAAGCGUGGGGCGGGCGGUGACCCCUCACGUUUUCCCCAGCUCUGUCUAUAUAAAAUAAAGCAAUCUAAAUUUUGCUGAAUAUCGAGACUUUGAUUCUCGUUUA